UUUUCGGCGGCUGCUCGUCCAUUCUGCUCACUGAGUGUCUUCAAUUCUGCCCUUUUCCGUCCGUGACGGAGCUGGUCACUAUCCCCGUUGCAUAGACUAACCAGUUUGUCUAGCGAUACACCACAUCGUGCGAUCCACAUUCCAACCAUCUACCAUCUACAUAGUAUCCCGACCGAUCGGAAUCCAGAUAAGAAGAACCAUAAACUCGAUCUCACACUGACAACCUCGAUAAAGAGUCCCGUCUAGAGCUCCAAGCUCUUGACGGCUCUUCAACCCCAACAACCAUGCCUCCCAUCCACCCCUCUGCCACGCUCCUCCCCGCCAGCACCCAAAACACCAUCACCACCUCAGAGCAACACGACCAAAAUGCCGCUCCUCACACCCACCUCUUCGGCCGCUCCAGCACAACCUGGGCCCCAGGCUCCGGCACCGUCGAACCAAGCCACAUCAACAUGAAAGGCCUAAUGGCGCUCUUCGCCAUCUUGGGCGCCGCCUUCGUCCUCGCCGCAAUCUGGUUCUUCUUCUGGGCCAAAAACGGCGGAUUCAUCUGGCGCAAAGGCGACUGGGAAGAAUACAAAUCGACCGUUCUCCGCCGCAAAGGCCCCGACGGGCGCACCUUAUCCAACGCCACGAAAAGUACCAAACUCGGCGGCGGCAGCGUCUACCACAAAGGCUACAGCGACGACGGCUACACCUACACCGACGAAACCGCCACCAACCUGACCGAAAAGACCGGCGUAACGGGGGCUACCUCCGCCGAGAAAGAACGUAAACGGCGCCGCAAGCUCCGCGAGAAAUUCCGUCGUCGGCGCAAGGACGACGAAAUGACCGCGAACUGGGAAAACGAAGUCGACGAGGACGUUGCCGCGUACAGAAAGGAAAAAGCCGCCCGUGUCGGGGGCAUUAAUCGCGAAGGAGAGGGAACCUACUACGGCAGUGACUACGACCUCUCCAACCCAGCAAGUCAUUACAACCAGAGCGAAAUCAGCGGAAGUCAGGUCCGCGAUUACGCUUAUGAUCCGGCUCCUGCCCCCGCCAAAGCGCCAUCCCGGAAACAGAGCAGACGACGUGACUUCUCCUUCGUACCCGGCAGCGAGGAUACCCUUAGCCAGGCACCGACCCGCGACGACCACCACGACCGCCGUCACAGCCGCGAACCCUCGGCGAGAAGACAUAACCGUCGGCGUGAACGACGCAGGAAUCCCCCGCCGAGUGAGUCCUCCGGAUCACGGACUAGUAGUCCCCGCAAGCGGGAGAGACAGUCCGUGCGGGGCCACUACACGGAACCGUUGGAUUUCUCGUCGUCGGCGCCGUCGAGGUCCGAGUAUCAGUAUUCGAAUGUGGAUACGGAGGAUACGGGGACUAGGAGUUAUCAUCAUCCGAUUCCGGGGUUGAGUAAGGGGUAUAGAAGGGAGGGAGGGCGUGGGAGGAGAAGGGACAGCUUGAGUGAGAGUGAUUGA